AUGGUGGAUGCUAAGCAAUUGAUGCUCAUGAAGCGAUUUUUGGAGAGCUAUCAAGAUAGAAUCAAAAUAUUUUUAAUUGAUUUACAAGAAUAGAUUCAUAUGUAAACUACUCUACUUCAAGUUACCUAAUAUAGGUAGCGAAACUAAAAUAGAAAUAAAAUUUAUUUAAGAAUUGAAAUCCAAUAUAUCUAUAGGAUUCAUUGCAAAUCAUGGAUUAAUUAAACUAAAGAAUUGUUCUUAUCUGUUAUUGGUUACAGAAGGCAACAUGAUAAGAUAACUAUUGCAAAGGACAAUAAUAUAAGUUGAAUAAAUAAGUUUCUUACCUUUGGUUCCGAAUGGAAGAUUAAAUGAGUAAUUCUAUUAACCUAUGUAUUGUAGUAUUCAUGCAGAUGAUUAGUCUUAUUUCUAAAUGCUAAAGUGUGUGUCUUCAACAAGAACAUUAUAUUUUAGUUAUGAGUAUGAUUUGUCUAAUCUCUUUGAUAAGGUAAUGGGUAAUUACUCUCAAUUUGGUACUUAACAAAAGACAAGUGAAGGACUCUACUAUUAUAAGAUUCCAAAUCCUAGAUUUGCAUACAAUUGGGAACAUAUCAAAUUUUUGAAUCAAUUUUAAAGUACAAAUCUACCAGCCUUACAAUAUUGGUAAACCAUAUACAUAAGAGGAUGUGUUUUGAUUAGAUAUUGCAAACUCAAUCAAUAGUCUGAUUGCUUUCUAAAUAUGAUGAGCAGAAGAGAGACUCUCAGUUCAGGAAGAAGAUUUAUGUAAAGAGGGUGUGAUUAAGAUGGGAAUUGCACUAAUUUUGCAGAAAAUGAAUAAAUAUUGAUACUCAAUAGAUCAGAGUCUAGAGAUAUAUAUUCGUUUGUUUAGACUAGAGGAUCUAUGUCAUUUAAUUGGUAAUAAUAACAAACAUUGAAUUGGGUACCCAAAACAUCAAUCAUAGGAGUAGUUAAAUAAAAGAGAUUUAGAUCAGAGCAUAAAAGGUAACUAUAACAAUUAUAAAUAAUUCUUAAUUUAAUUGAUAAAAAGGGCACAUAAAAAAUGUUAGGAGAAUAUUUUACAAGUAUGAUGAGCAGUGUUAAAACAGUAAAAUCUAAAUAUGUUUGGUUUGACUUUCAUCAUGAAUGUAGAAAUAUGAAGUAUGAGAAUCUCUCUAAAUUAUUAAUUGAAAUAAAGGAAGAUCUAAAAUAAUCAGGAUAUUUUCAUGCUGAAAUUGACAAAAUUAAUUAAAAUCUUCAUUUGCCAAUUCUUCUUUAAUGA